AUGACUCAGCCAUCUAGCGCUGACGCUCCCGCUACCGCGCCCGCCGCGCCGUUCGACCCCACUUACGGCGGCAAGGUCAACCCUCUGGCUGCCUCUUACAAUGCCAACUUCUUCGACUAUGGAGCGCCUCUCCUGAGCUACGACGUGGAGUCGCUUGAGCCUCUCCCCGAGGUGCGCCAGCCCCGGGCCAACGGCCGGGGCCCUUGGGUCAACCCUCCCCGCCCCGAUGGCCAGCUGUCGCCGUACUAUGGCAAGCUGUUCAACGAGCACUACGACCACCCGCGUGUAUCACCCAACUGGGACAUUCACAUCUACCACAAGCCCAACAAUAACGGGGAGCGCGAGUAUGCCAAGAAGGUUCACUCGGCUCUCCGCCGCGAGUUCCCCGAGAUCGGCACCUACACCUUCUACGAGGUCGCCAUUGGCCCGCACGUGAGUCGACCACGAGACCGUGACGCUGCUAACAGAGAGCCAAUCCCCAUGUUCCUCGUUGAGAUCUACACCACCGAGCAGCUCGGAGCCGUCUUCUCGUACCUCGUACAGAACCGUGGUCCCUUGUCGAUUUUGAUCCACCCCCACACCGGUGACCAAGUGGCCGACCAUUCGACUCACGCGACCUGGCUGGGCAACAAGGUCGACCUGGACCUAGACGGUCUGCGCCUCAGUGACGCCAAGUGGCGCGCGACGGAGGAGGGCCAGGAAUGGUCCAAGGUGGAGCAGGAGCGUGCGGCCAGCAAGGCUGCCGCGCAGGCCAAGUCGCAGGAGAAGGCUUGA